AUGAGUAUACCACUAGAAGACCAAUCUUGGCGCUCCUCGACAUGGUUCACCGUCACAGCAAUGAUAACCGCGCUCUUCACCGACACGUUUCUGGCUAACUUCAUUGUUCCUAUCCUUCCAUACAUGCUAGAAGGUCGGAUAGGCUUAAAUCCAUCUCACACUCAGAGGACAAUCUCCUGGCUUUUAGCCGAGAAUGCCGCUGUGAACGUCAUGAUUCGGAUUCCGCUUGCCCAUUUUGCAGAUAAAUCUACUUCGACUCGGGGCUGGUUACUUUCAGCUUUGGGGAUAAUCUCGGCUAGUACAUUUGCGACAGCUGCUGGGUCUUCUUUGCCUGUGCUGUUUAUCAGUCGAACUGUGCAAACCGUUGCUAGUAGUAUUAUUGCUUUUGUGCUUCUGGGUAUAGAUAUGGCUUUUCGUUUAUUGAUGGUUGAGAAGAAGCGGCUGACAACAGUUACCACUGAUGACUUAACUACGGAGCGAGACUCGGUUUCUGAAAGGUCUCCUCUCCUGUCCACUCAUAAUCCUGACACCGAGAGCUACGAUGCAUCCAAGAGGCCAAAUUUCUACCGGUGUAUCUUCAGCAAGGUUAACUUCGUUGCAGGUGUAUACCUUAGCAUCGUGUUCGGUCUUUUGAUUGGCACAUUCAACGCUACCAUUCCCCUGCAUGUCCGUGACGUAUUCGGCUGGGGUGGUAUGCAGUCUGGUAUUAUGUUUGCCUGUCUCCAGGCCCCCCGUCUCUUGAUGUCUCCUUUUGUGGGUUGGUUGAAAGAUCGCUAUGGAACGAGAAUACCGACUGCCUUUGGAUUUGCUACCUUGGCUCCGUUGGUCUGGCUUUUGGGUGUUCCCGGUAGUGCGCAGUGUCCGUUUAGCGUUGGGGACUGGGGACCUACUAUAUAUGUGUGGGCGAUGAUUUUGCUUGGAUUUCAGACUACUUUUAUGAAUGGAUCGGGCAUGAUUGAAGCUACAGUGGCUGUGAGUGAGCUCCAGAAGAAGUAUCCUGGGGCCUUUGGUCCCAAUGGUGGGAAGUCACGCGCUGUUGCCAUUGUCGGUGUUGCUUGGACGUUGGGGACGUGUAUUGGCCCUCUUAUGGGUGGGAUACUCAAUGAGAAAUUCGGAUACUAUGUGAUGAAUUGUGUCGUUGCUGGAAUAUGUAUUUCAUCUAGUGUUAUUGCAUUUCUCUGCCUUCCAUCGCGAUUGACUCAGGCUGAGGCUCCAAAGGUGCACGCUACUCGACAGUGA